GAAGGGACUACUCAUAUAUAAUUUCGAGUGUAAUUGAUGAUAUAUGUAUAUUUAUACAAAUUGAUGAUAUCUCAGUAAAUUAUCCUUGUGCAGAUAUGAAAUUGUCAAUUCUUUUGAGGAUGAUUUACGAAAGACAGCUAAAAUAAAGGUAUUGAGGAGACAUGGGCGGUCCAUGUUAGUACCAUUCCGUGUGGCUGAGGCAACUGUAGAUUCAGAAGAAAACAACGCUGUUGAAGACAUAGUUGAGAUGGAUUAUGCACAACCACAUAAGAAGCCACCAAUUCAUAAUGAAAAACCCUAGAUCUAAUCAAUCUUAUUCCUAAAAAAAAAUAGUUUUUGCAUUCCUUUUUUUGGUAUAAAAUGUUGUAUAAUUAAGGAGCCCAAAUCUGCGACUAUUUUGACCAUCUGUAAACUGCUAUCUACAUUAUACAGUCAACAAUAAAAAUAUACAGUAUAUUAUUAUAAGAGAUGAUAAUAUAUUAUUGAUUGCAAAAGAGAGAAGAAGUUUAUUAGUUUUAGAAGGGUGUCCUUCGGCUGUUAUAUUAUUACCAUGCCAUUGAAGACAAGAAAUAAAAGUGAAAAAAGGACAUAAAUGUCGGUAAGCCUGCCUCUUGAGGACAAUCGAACGCAAUCAGAAAUCUGGCUGUGAACUGGAACCCACUCUGAAACUGCAAAACAAUUAUCACAAGACAAUUGAAACAAUUUGACGCCUCUGCAUAGCCCUUGCGCAGCCAAUAAUAAGGGUACUGCCUGCUCAGAGCUAACCAAAUAAUUGGUGGGAUUCAUGCCAACGCAUUAACAUGGUUAGUUAAAAUGCACAGACAACAAUAUCAAGAAAAGAAGAAGAAAAUGAUCAACAUGAGAUCACUAGAAGAUCAAAGAAUUUAUCCAUCUCAAAUCAACGGUGCUGGAAUAACUAACAAUGCAACUACCUAUGGAGACGUGAAGUACGGUUAUCAAAUGGCUUCAGAUUUAUAUGCCGCAAAGAAAAGGCAUUACUGAAAUUCUCUACUAGGCAGCCCUCAGUAGGAACGUCCGUUUACUUUUAGAUUAUGGAUUCAUUUGGAUAAUCAGGUACCGCUGCAGCUGACAAUGAAUGGUUUCACAAAGUUGAUAAAUUCAGAGGUCUUGAUCCCAAGCUUCAGAUCAACCUCCCCACCACCCAGCCAGAAGAAAUCAGGGUUAAGCUUUACAAUUGCUUCAUCCAGAAUCACCUGAAAUCAAUUUGUAUAGGAUCAGUUACUCAGAAUAAAAAGACAAACUUAACUGUCCCCUCCCUGCCCAGGCCUCAGAGUCUUUAUACAUGUGACAGUUAUAAUCACAUGCUCAUCCAGAUGCGCUUGCUUAUGCCAUAAAAAAAAUUUCGCUCUUUCAACAUUUUUCUUGACAACUAUAUUCGCAGAAUGACCAUUUAGAAUCAGUAGAAUGUACAAUGCAAUCUUGAUUCUCAGAUCUUGUCAUAAAUUAUUAUUAUCUAG